AUGGAUGAUAACGCAUCUUUUCUCGAUAUAUUUAACUCUAACUUAACAUUGAACAUGACUGAUCUAGACUUGAAUUAUUGUAAAAAUCUAAAAAUUGAAACUACUAAUGUUUCUCCGAUUGAAGCAAAAACUUAUCUUGCAAAAUGUAAAAACAAAUUUUCAUUGCUUAACAUUAAAACAAGAGAAACGAACUGGGAGCUGGUAAGUGAAACUGAAAAUAUAAAUGGCGCGUACGAUGUUUUUUUGCGCAUGUUUAUUAAUCUUUAUGAGAAAUCAUUUCCUAGAAAAAAACGAGCAAAAAAGAAUUAUUAUGCAGGUCAAAUAGCGAAAUCAAUAGGGAAUACUAAGAAAACCUGGAGCGUUAUUAAAAAAAUAAUUGACAAAACCAAAGACAAUAUUGAGAAAUUCCCAAAACAACUUAUAAUUGAAAAUGGACUUACACUCCAAAAAGAUAAAAUUGCUAACAAAUUCAACGAGUUUUUUAUCAAUGUUGGACCAAAACUAGCUGCUAAAAUUCCAUCUACCACAAAAACACACAGCUCUUACUUAGAUACUUGCGAUACUAAUGAACAGUUUCCAGACCAAUUAAAAAAUGCUAGAGUGGCACCAAAAUUUAAAUCAGGAGAAAACUCCGAUGUUACUAAUUAUAGACCUAUUUCCGUAUUGCCAUGUUUCUCGAAAGUUCUUCAAAGAAUAAUGUAUAACCGUCUCGACGACCAUCUAGUACAAAAUAAUAUUUUAUAUGACAAACAAUUUGGUUUCCAAAAGCACCAUUCGACGGACAAUGCAGUCAUAGAAUUGGUAAGUGAAUUAUCGGAAUCCUUUAAUAAAAGGUUGUUUACACUAGGGAUAUUCAUUGAUCUCUCAAAGGCUUUUGAUACUGUCAAUCAUAUUCUUUUAUCCAAACUAAAAUCUUACGGUGUGCAAAGCAACAAUUUGAAAUGGUUUACAAAUUACUUGACUAACCGAAAACAAUGCAUAGCAUACGACGAUAAAUUGACGCUCUUUCAACUAAUAAAGUGUGGUGCACAAGGAUCCAUUCUUGGACCCUUACUGUUUUUAAUCUACAUAAACGACCUACACAAUUCCUCUAAAAUGUUGAGAUUCAUUCUAUUUGCUGACGAUGCUAAUCUUUUUUACUCCCAUACUAACAUUGUCGAUUUAUUUAAAACAGCUAACCAAGAACUUGCGCAUAUAAACGAAUGGUUUAAAGCAAAUAAACUCUCACUCAAUAUAAGUAAAACUAAAUAUGUGUUAUUCUAUAACCGCUACAAAACUGAUAAUAUUCCACUCAAACUACCAUCUCUUAAAAUUAAUAACGUAAACAUAAAGAACAAUAGUCUAGAGAAAAGUUCAGACUAA